AUGUUCUUCCUCGCUACGCCUCACAAAGGCGCGGACCUAGCGCAGACGCUUUCUCGCCUGCUUAGUUUGAGCAGCGGCAACAGGCCCUUCCUUAGCGACCUCCACCGUCAGUCUCUCACCAUCCAAACCCUGAACGACGAGUUUCCUCAGUACUGUGGGGACGUCCAACUUUUCUCCUUCUAUGAAACCCUCCCUAUGAGCCUAGGGGUAAAGAGCGUCCGUAUUGUUUCAAAGGACUCCGCCGUGUUGGGAUUUGCCAACGAGCGCCGAGUCUACCUGAACGCAAAUCAUCGUCAAGUUUGUAAAUACGAGUCCACCGCAGAUUCCAAUUACCGCACGGUUCGAAAUGCAAUUGCUUCGUUCUUGGAGAUGGCCCGGGCUCGCUCUUCUCUCUUGGAUGAGCAAUCCACCAAGGAGCCAAGGCGCCGACUGAACGUGCUCAUGGGCGUUGACGAAGGCCCUGAAGACGAGAUAUUCGGUGUCGUCUCACAGAGAAUGAGUGGGUCUUGUGAGUGGCUCCUUGACAGGGAAAACUUCCAGGACUGGCUCCACCAUGGGACUGCUCCAAUCUACUGCAUCACGGCCAAGCCAGGCACGGGAAAGACCAUUUUGAGCGGAACGAUCAUUACAUACCUGAGGAAGCUACAGUUGCCAUGCAGCUGCCACUUCUUCCAGUACGGCAACCAAUCAAAGUCAGACAUUGCAUCCUUCUUGCUGUCUAUGGCUUGGCAGAUGGCAGUCCAGGAUCCCGAACUGAUGCGGACUUGCCUCGACGUAUACGAAAAAGACGAGCAACUAAGCCAAAGCAACUACCGCACAAUAUGGAGGAAGCUCUUUGUUGAAGGCCUGCUGCGGGAAAGGUCCAGGAAAACCCACUUCUGGAUCGUCGAUGCACUGGAUGAGUGCUCGGCCGAAGCAGAUUUGAUACAAUUACUUCACAAAACCGGCGAGACGUCCUCGAUACGGAUAUUCUGGACUUCUCGAAACUCUCCCAAAGUUCGCCAGCGACUUGGAGUGUCUAACAUACAGGUUAUCUCUGAAGUGAUCCGAGAAGAAGACACCCGGUCUGACAUUGCCUUGUACCUUGACGCCAACAUGGACAAUCUCCCAGCGACAAGCGACAAAGGCCGACAUCAAAUGGUUCAGAGGAUCCUGGAAAAGUCGCAAGGUUGCUUUCUCUGGGUGAGCCUUGUAUUCGGCGAAUUAAAGGACGCCCACACCUCAAGAGACGUGGAAAGAAUCCUUGAUGAGGUGCCAUCCGACAUGAACGAGCUAUUUGGACGAAUCGUCGACACGAUGUCUGCACAGGUGCAAGGCAAGGCCCUUGCCAAGGCCAUAAUCACCUGGACCGUGUGUGCAACCAGACCUUUGAAAACCAUGGAGCUCGACGAGGCCGUCAGGCUAGACCUUCAGGACUCGAUCGACAACAUUGAGGCUUCCAUCCGGUCGAUUUGCGGGCAUCUGGUCUACGUCGACGCCCAGUCAUAUGUGCAGAUGGUCCACCAAACGGCGCGAGACUUUCUCCUCCACGCAGCUGUUGACUCCGAGUUUCACAUUGAGGAAAGGAGGGGCCAUCGCCGACUUCUGCUAACAUGUCUGAGCUUUCUCACCUCGAACGAGAUGAGAAGUACUCCCCGUCGACGGGUCAAGGACACGGAGAAGUUCACAGACCGCUCCCUCUUCGUCAAAUACGCCUGCGAGUUGUGGUUCGAGCACCUGUUCCGUCUGUCUUGGACAGAUACAGAGGUUGUAUCAUCAGUGGCGAAGUUCCUCGAUUCGCCAAAUGUCUUGUCUUGGAUCGAAUACAUAGCCAGACAUUCAGAUUUGCAGCGCCUAGUGUCGGCUGGGAAGGCCAUUGGCUCGUUCAUCAAGGGGAGUGAGCACUCAGAUUCUGAGGACACGCGUGAUAUCGCAUUGCUGAGAGUCUGGGCCAAUGACCUCCUACGUCUAGUCAUGAGAUUUGGGCCCAGUCUGGUGGCAUACCCAGCCUCGAUAUUUAACAUCAUCCCCCCUUUCUGCCCUUCUGAAACAGCUCUCAGGAAAAAGGCACCGCCUCGCGGAAUCACUGUGUCUGGGCUGGGUGAGGAAGAAUGGGGCGACCAGCUUUCAACCAUUUUCAACCCCCAGGAGCAGUACUCGUGCAUCGCAUCAUCCAAACGACUGUUUGCUAUUGGUUGCUAUGGCGGGCUCAUCUUCAUACUGCAACACGUCUUGUAUAAAGAAGUAGCAAAGCUCGACCACGGGGAGCCAGUAAAGCUCUUGCAGUUUGGCAGCCAGGAAUCUGUCCUGGUCUCUGUCAGUUCAAAGACAAUAUUGGUGUGGGAUCUAAACUCCAAGACACAGGUCUGGCGUUUCGAGGCUCCACAGCAGUGCAUGGCUAUCGCGCUGUCGAGUCGCGACGAGCAGCUAAUCUCUGCCACAAAGGACCACUGCCUGCGAAUAUGGGACCUGAAGAAAGGCGAGCUAUUGGAGAUGGAGAACUGGACACAAGGCAUGGAAGCGACGCAAUUGCGUCUUUACCGACGGCCCAUAACAGCGACGUUCACCAUGGACGCACAGCUUCUGGCUGUCAUAUACAAGGGCCAGGACAUACUCAUCUGGGACCUCGAUAACGACGCUCUGUACGACAUAUACAACAGGGAAUCAGGCGCAAGAGGAGACUCGCAGGUGCAAUAUACGUCAUCCGGCGUCAGGUGCCUCACCUUUGGGAAUGGGUCAAGUGCGAACUUGUUGGCCGCGGCAUACACUGAUGGUGAGCUAGUCCUGUUCGACACCGUAUCGGGAGACAUCAUGCAUCGGACUGUCACAUUCGCGCAUAUCCUCGUCUGCUCGCCGGACGGGUCAAUGCUCGCGAGCGCUGAUCCUUCGGGCACGGUGACUCUGCUGAAAUUCUCGACAUUACAGCCGCUCCACCGUAUACCGGCAGUUGAAGCUGGUAUCCAAGGGCUGUGUUUCGGCGGGGAUGGGCAGCAGCUUCUUGAUAUUAGGGGGUCACGGUGCCGUGUUUGGGGACCAACUGUCCUGCUCCGGCAAAAUGCCCACUCGGGUCCCAGCAGUAAGGCGUCAACACCACGCGAGGCCGGACCAGAGCUCUCGUCCGCUGGUGGCGAACCAGUCUUGAUCACCUCGAUAGUGUGUCACGACAACGGGGAUGCUUUCUUUUGCGGCAAAGAGGACGGCGCAGUCUACCAUUACCACGCCGACUCCGGGCUCCACACCAGCAGGCUCUAUAGCCAUGCAAAUGGGGUGGCCAUCGUGUCUCUCUCCUUUCAUCACGGCAGCAACACUAUAACCAGCGUUGAUGCUAGUUUCAGAGUGAUGGUCCAGAAACUGUCAUCUCAAGGUCGUGCAUUUGUGGCAUCGAAGGUUUUGUUCGACCAUCGCGUCGACGCGGUUGUCAGUCAGGUCGUGUGCCGGCCUGACUUGGACCGUAUCUUGAUCUGCUCAACCAAAAGCGACAGCUUGUGGUGUCUCUCCCAAGAAGCGCCAAAUCCUAUUGCGAGUAGGACAACCCAACAGCGAGGAUCACGCGGCUGGGUGGACCAUCCUCUCAACCGUGCCAGCGUGCUCCUCAUCACUCAAACGGCAGCAUAUUCAUUUGACUGGCUGGAUCUCAGACCUCUGGCUCCGGAGACCGGAAUCGGCCUUGAUGCCGGGAUAUCCUCGAGCAUCGUUCCCCGAUCGAUCAUGCCUAUCUUUGGCGGGAAGAGCCUUGCGGUCAUGUAUGGCGACAUAGGGAAUCAUCUCUCACAGACCAAGCUCGUCAUAUGGAGCACAGCUGAUCUCGGCCCCGACUCCUUGGCUGAGGUUGCCAAACCCCUGAAGACGUAUGAGUACCUCUCAUCCAGGGCUACCCAGUUGAUAGGCACCCUUGGUAACCGCGGGGCCGAGCGCCUGGUUUUCCUGCAGGAAGGAAACUGGGUCAGCGCCGUCGAAUCCAAAACAGCUCAUCUACGACGAAUCGCGAGACACUUCUUCCUCCCGAAUGACUGGCUGAGUAUUGAAAAUCACCGCGAACUGAUGAUGGAGGUCACGAGCAGAGGAAAUGUUCUGGUCGUGAGACGGCAUGAAGUCGCUAUUAUUAAACGAGGGCUCACCAGGGUUGAAGUCGAUGAGGAAGUGCCAUCAGACCCAGCACCAGCGGCUGCUGGGCUGGCAUGA